AACAGACAUGUGUGUCGAUGAUCAUCAUCAUGAUGAAAUUCAAUGGAAUUAAAAUAGCGUCAGUUGAGUCAUAACCGUCUCAAGUGGUCUCAAGUUAUUUUCGAAACUAAUUUAAUCCCCCUUCUAUUUUAAGCUUUUUUUUUUUUUAUAUUAUUGUUAUUAAUAAAUCAAUAAUUAAUCAUUAUUUAUUUGUGUUAUAAAUUUAUAUAAGCCUUGUGAGUGUGUGUGUAUAAUUAUUUAUCUAUUUUGAGAAUUGUUUUUUUUUUUUUUGACCUAUGGAGGAUAUUUUGAGACAGCUGCAACUCAUAUAAAAUUAAUUUUUGUCGAGGAAUAAAUCAAUUUGGAUUGCUCCUUUUUUUUGAGAGUGGUUAUUAUACAAGAGUUUAUUAUAAUAAUAAUAAUAAAUAAUUAAAAUGACGAUUACAAGGGAGUUUCAACAAAAAUUAGCUAAGGUUGAUCCAAUUCCAUCAAUAGCUGGUAAUACAUUGAUACUGCCAAUAACAACAAUAUCACUAGCUCCAGAAAUUAAAAAAAGUUGGUGGCGAAAAAUAACUCCUUGUCUUGCAUUUUUUGCUGCAUUUACAACAGCAAUGACAUUGUUAGUAAUGUGGAGUGAAGCUGCUGCACUAAGACGACAAGCAUUUGACGCAAAUAUGACACGUGAUUAUGUGCUAUCAAAAGUACCAAUGGAUGAUCCACAAUUAGUAGUGUAUAUACGUGAAGUACAAUUUCAAAAAACAGUAUAUCAAGAGCCAAUUACUGCUGUACAAACAUCAGAAGAAAAAUUUAUUGAAAAUCAUUUGAAAAAAAAAUAUGAUGGUGUUUAUGUUGAGUAUAUUAAUCGUCCUGGUGCUGAAUCAACGACAUCUUGGCUUGAAGCUAAUUAUGGCUGGCGUGGAUUACUUGUUAUCACUGAUUUUAGAUCAUUUUUUAAAAUAUCUAAAAGUGGUAGACAUUCAAGAACUCGAGUUUUACAUGCUUGUCUAAGUACAGAUAAAGCAACCAAAGAAAUAACAUAUCAUCAAGAAUCUGAUGUAAGAGUUACAAAACUCAGUGAAGGUCCAAAUAGUCUUAUAUUUUCAGAAGAAGGACAACCAGCAAUGAGACUCAAGUGUUUUCCACUUUACAGUAUUUUACUUGCUUAUAAUCAGACAACAAUUGAUUAUCUCAGUCUUGAUAGUAAUGAUUUACUCGAAAGAAAAGUACUUGAUACAAUACCAUGGAAUAUUAUUAAAAUAUCUGUACUAGCAAUACGCUGGAGUGAAGGACUAAAUAAUUAUGAAUUUAGAUUAUUGAUUAAUAAACUUGGUGACAAGCAUUACAAACUUUCUACUGCAACUAUUGAUGGAAAAUUAAUAUUUACAUAUUUACAAAAAUAUAAAAUUUAAAUUAAUAAAAUAAUUCAUUAGAUAGUUUAAAAUUAGGUAAACCAUUGAUUUUUUUUUUUUUUCAUUUACAAUUAAUUAUUAAUAUCAUUUAAUAUUUUUUUUCAAACAUAGUUUGCUGGCUGUAAUUAAUUUACAAUCUUUUUUGUUCAUUUUUUUCUUUUAUAUUGUAUUUUAUUUAUCGAGGUCACACUUUUCAUCAACAAUUUUUUUUCCCUGAUUUUUUUUUAUUGUUUUGUUUAACAAUAAAUUCAAGUCCUCACAAAUACAUAAAACAAUUGAUGCGCAUAAAUAAAAUAAUUAAAUUUUCUUUUUUAAAUUGUAAAAUAAAUAAUUCAAUGUGAAAAAUGUGAAAAAAAUUAUAAGCCAAUACCAUGACAUGGAUUUUUUUAAACUUAAAAAAUUUUCUGUUAAACAGUUAAUUUAUAAAUUAAAUUAAUCAUUAAUAAUUUAAGUUAUACUUAAUUAGAUAUGAAAUUUAAAGUAAUGAAAAUAAUGAUGCCUUAAUAUUGUACAAUAAACAAUGAAAAAUAAUUGUUAAAAAAAAAAAUUAUUUACUUUGUUAUAAAAUUGAGUAAAAAAAAACAAAAAAAAAAAUUUUACAUUAAUGGUAUUAUUUUUUUAUAAUUUUUCUUUUUUAUAAUUUAUAAAUAGUAUUUUUUCUUUUCUACAAUAGAGUAUGAAAGUCUGUUAAAUGUAAUAAUUGUAAAAUGGAAAAUUUGAUUAGAAUAAUACUUGAAGAAGAAAAAAAAAUGAAAAUAAAUAAAAAGAAA